UAUUACCUAUAGAUUAAAUUUUUUUGAAAAAAAAUUUAUCAAUACUUUUAUUUGAAGUAUUUUUUUUUUACCACAGCCGUAAUUAAAUUUCAGCAUGUAGACUUAAGUAUUCCGGUAUGUUUAUUGGGUUGCUUGUACCUGUUAAGAAGGGGGUAGCAACCCUCAGGUAAAACAAUGUGCGUGAUACAAAAGCGCAAGCGCGUUGACCGCUGUCCACUUUGUCUACACAAAAUUAUAUUCCCAACUAUACAUUGGAGUACAUACGUGUACAUUCACUAUUAAAUAUAAACAAUAAUUAUUUUUAAACAAUUUUUACUUUUUCAAAUCUUUAAAAGUUUUAAAAAUUAUUUAAACUGUGUUCAGUAAAUUUUAAUAAAUUUAUGGGAAUUCAAAUUUAAAAAAUAAUUUUAACGUACGUGUUUCAACAGGUUGCUACCACCAAUGGAGAAACCGGGAUCUUCAAUAGGUCCGGAAAGUGGCACCGAACUUGAAGAUAGAGAUCCUAAUAAUUUAAAUCAUCAUCUACAGGUACAGUGGGAUGAUGUUGUGGGUGAACCAGAUGGUAUCAGAAGCCCAGAAUGUGCAUGGAGAUUAAGCGGCCAUUGUUUCCGUCUCUCUCGUGGAUGCUGCUAUAUCUUCCUUUCAAUCCUUAUAGCUCCUAUUGUUGGACUAUUAUUAGGAUUUACGUUCGCUUGUCUAUCAUUUCAACAUAUCUGGUGUAUUGCACCCUGUUUAAGAAUCUGGAAAAUAACAUGUGCUGCAACCCGAACAUUUUUUACUGCAUACACACAUGCUAUUAUUCGACCAUGCACUGAAUCACUUGGUUAUUUUUUCCACAAUAUUCGUAUAUUUAAUCAACGAUUACCCGAUGGUCCUCAUCACAAAGAAGAUGCACUAAUAGUUUAAAUAUAUGUAUAUAUAUAUAAAUAUAUUAUAUAUGUGAGAGUGUGGUUUUAACAAUAAGAAGAGACAAUCAAAUUAUCUGCCCGUGGUGAAGAUCAAACUUCAUUCAAGUGGUAUUUUUAAAUAUGAGAUAGAGGUACCGUUUUUGGUCACUUUAGGGCCUGUUUUUGACACUUCGAAAAU